AUGACAAGUAAUUCAUGUUUUGAUGUAAAAAAUUAUAUUUUUAUCAAAAAAGAAAAUAUGGAAGUUGAAAAGCCAAAAGAUACUGAAUUAAUAUUAAUUAAGAGUGAAAUAUUAGAUGAUUAUGAUGCAAAUAAUUAUUCAUUUUCGAAUGAACAACAAAUAAACACAGAUAAAAUAUUAGGCGAAGGCGAUGAUGAUAAUGUCCAAACUAAAACUGAAAUUUUAGAAGACAAUAUUGAACCUGAACAGAACCAAAUUAAAAAUGAAAUUCUAGAAUACAGAAUAUUAAAUCAUUUUACAAUGAAACAUGGACAGUUUAGAGAUAUAGUUUCAGAAGAUGGCAUUUUAAUGGAACAUGGGAAAAUUAAAAAUGAAGUUUCAGAGGACAGUGUUACCAUGGAAGAAGUAAAAGUUAAAAUUGAAAUUCCAGAAGAUAGUGUUACAAUAGAAAAUGUGGAAUUUAAGAAUGUAAUUCCAGACAACAGUGUUAAUGGACGAAUUCGUGGAAAUGGAGAACAUUUACUUAAUUACGAAAAUAUUAAACUUGAAAACGAAUUAAAUACGGAGUUAAUUAUUAAAGAUGAAAUCUUAGACGACAAUAUUUCAGAAUCAGCACGAGUUCAUGUUGGAGACUUUGAUUAUCAUUGUGAUGUUUGUGAAAGAGGAUUUAACAGAUCGGAUAGUUUAACCAGACAUAAACUGAUUCACACGGGACAGAAAACAUUUUCAUGUGAUGUUUGUGAAAAAUACUUUCGGACUCGAAGUGAUUUAGUUCGUCAUAAAAUGAUUCAUACAAUAGAAAAACCUUUUGCAUGUGAUGUGUGUGAUAAAGUGUAUAAUCAAAGAGGUAGUUUAGUGAAACAUAAAAAGACUCAUGAAAAGGAAAAACCAUUUUCAUGUGAGAUCCUGGACCCUAUGUGGAAAGAAUUGAAAAAGCCUUCCGGUUCAGACGAUGAUGAAAGAAAAAGGCAAGAAGAUGGCGAAGAAUCUCUAGAAUCCUCUGAUGAUGACAUAAGUCCAAACAAAAUUGAUGAAAAUAGAACUAGGAAAAAAACUGAUGUAAUACUUAAUUUACAAACUUCUAAACCACUAACAAUAACAGAAGAGGAAAAACGAAAAAUCCAAAAUAGAAUUAAAUGCCAGCGAUAUAGAGCUAAGAAAAAAGCUGAAGCAUUAGUGAAUUCACAGAUUUCUAGACCACUAACAGCAACAGAAGAAGAAAAAAUUAAACGUCUUAAAGAAAGAAAAAGACAAAACAGUCAGCGUUAUAGAGAUAAAAAAAAAGUAUUGGCAAAGCACGCCAUAUUUCGUGAAGUCAUGAUUAUGUUCAGUUAA